UUAAGCUAAACACAAAGUCCAAAGGAGGGAGGAUAGCAUCAAGUUGAGGAUCCACUUGCGAGUCCGGCGUAAGCUCUGUGAUCAUCUUUCUCUGUCCGAGGAAACAAAGCCAUCAAAACUAAUCCAAGUGGACCGGAAAGAACCAACCCAAAGCUACAACAACACCAUUAUUAAACAAACCCAUCAUCCAAACAACUCCCUCUCUCUCCCCUCUUUAUUCUCUCCCACUAUGCCAUUUAUAUGAUCAUACUCAUAUAUAUCUCUACCCAUUAACCCUAAAACCUUGUCUAUAAACAUACAGCUAAAGCUCCUCUAAAGCUCUGAUCCUGUUUGCUAAGACGGAGGAGAAAUGCCUUCCUCAGUUCAACUCCAGAGAAUCAGCUCCCCUAACCCAAUAACAACCGCGGCCGCCGCGGCCAUCAGCCACAAACAGUCCCAAGCCGUCACGCGCCAGGUCCUUCCUCUGUCCUCACGCGCCGUCAACACACCCGCCAUACCGGAGUCGGUGGCCCUCCAACACGCUCACUCUGCUAUGGCCUCGCCGGACCAGUGCUGCUCCGCGGUGGUGCAGACCAUCGACGCGCCCGUCCCUGCCGUGUGGUCCGUGGUGCGCCGCUUCGACAACCCACAAGCCUACAAGCAGUUCCUAAAGAGCUGUCAUGUCAUCGGCGGGGACCCCGCCAAGGUCGGCACGCUCCGCGAGGUGCUCGUGGUGUCGGGCCUCCCCGCGGCCUCCAGCACCGAGAGGCUGGAGAUUCUUGACGACGAGCGCCACGUGCUCAGCUUCAGCGUCGUUGGUGGGGACCACCGCCUGAGGAACUACCGCUCCGUCACGACUCUACACGCCUCCUCAAACGGCACCGGAACCGUCGUCGUAGAGUCGUACGUCGUCGACGUGCCGGCGGGAAACACGAAAGAAGAGACCUGCGUGUUUGUGGAUACCAUCGUACGUUGUAACUUGCAGUCGUUGGCUCAGGUCGCCGAGAGUAUGAGCAAGCCGGAAUAGUUCAUAAUCAUAAACCAAGAUUCAUUCUUUUUUUGGUUUCCAAUGUGAGUUGGAAAUUUUGUAGAUUCGUUGUAGGGUUGAAAUUGUCAGCGGCUUUCGAUCGUACGGUGUUUGUGUGUAUAGGGGUUCUGCAUGUUUUACCUGUUUUCAUGACCAUAGUGUUCAUGUUAUAAUAUAGUCUUCUAUCAUAUCCCCUUCAAUUUUCUUGUUUUGUGUUUUCGAUCUUCUUGUUCUUGAAGAAGGGUUUGUUUGUAAUUAUGUAAGUUAACUACGACUAAAAUGGUAUUAGAUUUUCCUCA